UAUCGGCCAUUGCGAAAAACGCACCAAAUGACGCAACUUCUUCAAGGUUUCAAAACACUUUCAUUUUGUUCGUUUGCUCUUAAACCGGUUUUUAUUAUUUUGUAAAAUUGUAAACACUUUAAAAUGCACUAUUUAUUCGUUUUGGGCCUAGUUUUUGCCCCAGUUUUGCCAAAAUCGUUGCCUACAAAUAUUCGCAGAUGUAGUAAGUCCGACCCAAAUUUUAAUAAAUGUUUGCAAGAAAGUGCCCAAGAUGCCACUCUUAAACUGGCCCAAGGCAACAAGGAUUUGGGGGUUGUGCCUUUGGAGCCGUUUUUUAUCAAAAAAGUUGAUUUAGGGAAUAAUACAGCGGGGGCUGUUACUGUGCACCAGGUGUACGAAAAUUUGAACAUUUACGGAAUGACUAAUGGGACCAUUACUUAUUCGGAGGCUAAUUUUACGGGAAAUAAUUGUUACUGGAAUUAUAAAGUUCGAGGGACUUUGAUUAGAAUGGUCUCUGAUUAUACAAUGACGGGCCAGUUGUUGAUUUUUCCCAUCAAUGGACACGGAAAAUGCACCAAUUACUUAUACGAUUAUGACGGUGAUUACGAGGCGAAAUGCGAGCGCUACAACAAGAAAAAUAAAACUUAUCUAAGAGUGACCGAUUUUAAGUUCGGUUUCAAGCCAAAGAGAAUUGUUUUCGAUUUUGAGAAUAUCAUAGAUGGGAAUGAGCAAUUAAGCAAGGAAGUGGUUAAGACACUUAAUGAAAAUUCGGAAACGGUUUAUGCCGAUGUGGGGCCGGCUUUUAACCAAGUCAUGGGAAUGGUUUGGAAGCAAACGCUGAAUCAAGUGUUUCUGAGAGUGCCAGAAGAUGAACUUUUCUUACCUUGAAACCAUAAAAAUUGUGUUUAUGUAUGGUGUUGUAAAAUUUGCGUAAUUGAAUAAAAAUGCGGUGGUUUA